CCACUUUGGCUCAAGACAGGUUUUCCUGCGAGUCGUGUUUCAAUCUGCGCAUCCUGCGUCGCGGCGAUGGCUCUUUGCAUGCUGAAGUGCGGUCGGCCCGCCUUUCGCGGCUUUGUCACGUGCUGCAAUCGUUGUUCUGGCCCUGACGGCCCGCACACAGCAGACUGCGCAAGCAAGUGCGGUCUGGUUGCUCCUGCUUCAGACUCACCCGACAGCGCAUCUGCAUCCGAGAUCCUCGCGCUCUUGCUCGGUCUAGGUGUACCCGCAAAGGCUGCCGAGGAGUACCUGCCCGUCCUGCUCGGGGCGGGAUACGACUCCGCACAGGCGUUUAGGAGGCUGACUGGGGAAGAUCUCGCUCGCCUCGGCAUCAAGGAGGGCCACCGUCGUCUCAUCUGUGAGGAUGAGGGGGAGCACAGGCCGGCGAGUGCCGCAGAGCCGCCUGCGGCAAAGGCGAGCGCACCGAAGGGCAGGGCCAAGGCCAGAGCAGCAGCCGGAGCACCACCACCCCGGCCAAGUGGGACAGGCCUGCCCCUGGAUGGCCUUGUCGUCUGCGUCUCUGGAGCCAUGUCGACUGUGCGCCGGGAGUUUCAGAGCAAUCUUCGCGAGCAGGGUGCUCAGGUCAUUUUGUUUCGGUGA